ACCGCUCCCCGGUGGGCGGGUCUGUUUGCUCUCUCGGAUGUGGAUCAGAUGAUUGGGGCUGCUGAGGAGUGAUCUGCUCUCGGACAUGGAGGUGAGCGAGGUUCUCUGUCAGCAGGAUCGACUGCAGCUCAUUGUGGAGAAGAGGAAGUGGCAGACGGAGAUCGAGAACAAGAAGCGUCAGCUGGAGGACGACAGGAGGGCGCUGCAGCACCUGAAGUCGAAAGCUCUAAGGGAGCGCUGGCUGCUGGAAGGAGCCUCUGCUGGACCAGAACAGGACGAAGUCCGGAGACAGCUGGAGCAGGACGAGGCCAGGACCCGGAGCCUGGAAGAGACCAUCAGCAGGCUGGAGCAGGAACUUGCUGGCCUGGAGACUGGAUCUGUCUGCCAGACCAUAACACACACCAAGGUGUUGUCAGGAUCGGCUACAGAGGUCAAAGGUCGUGAAAGCCGCCAGCAGGAGAGAGCUUCACCGUCAGCUCAGGUGGUCCAAGCCCCUGCAGAGGUCAAAGUUCACAAAAGUCCUCGAUUGAACAAACCCAGAGAGGUGACGGAGGAGAUGAAGAAAGCGAUGUACUCGGUGGAGAUUAAAGUAGAGCGGGACAGAGUGACGGGGGAAACCAGGGUUCUGUCCAGUAACACCAAACUUCCUGUUGACCUCUCCCACCAAGGGGUCAAAGUUUAUGAAGACGAACAGAAAGUGGUCCAUGAGCUGAACGGUGAAGAUGUCCACCUCCUCAGCUCCUCUGAGGUCGAAGAGCUCAUCCACAAAGCAGACGAGGCCUCAAUGAUGUUACAGACUGCCACCACAGUGACCUCCCUCCCGACAGCAGAGUUUCAGAAGGAGGCAGGGCCAACAGGGUCCAAGUCACCGCUCCCACGGGCUGCAGUGGAGAUCACUGGGCUGGAGGCCAAACCGGCCAGCGAGCCAAGCGUUACUGAGCCCAGCGCAGAGAACCCAGUCACUAUGGUGUUCAUGGGAUACCAGAACGUGGAGGAUGAAGACGAGACCAAGAAGGUGCUGGGGCUGCAGGGGACAGUGAAGGCGGAGCUGGUACAUAUCGACGACCCCAAUGGGAAGACAUCAGCAGGAGAGAAGGAGGCGGCUCCACCUACUCACACUUCCAAGGCCAAGCCCACCUCCACCAAACCUACAGGAGCCAUGCCGGUGGCAAGCAAUGGGGAGACGGCGGGGGAGGUGGUGGAGGCAAAGGGAGGAGUGGCGGAGGUGAAAAAGGAAAAGCAGCCAUGUAAGUGCUGCAGCAUCAUGUGAUCUGUGGGGGGCACUGCCUUCAAAUGUAACAUGCUAAUACAAAAAUAAAAAGGACUGAAGACUCCAGGAACUAAACUCCACCCACUGCCCACAUCCCGCCUCUAACGACACAACAUCACUUCCUGUUUCUUUAUUCAGUUUUCUAAAGCCUUUCUUUACUUUUUCUAUUAUCUUGAAGCCUUUUUACUUUUGUACUCUGCACGUCUUCAGGUACGACGCCUCAGUGCACCUCAGCAUUAGCUUUAGCAUUAGCCUCAAUAUUAGCCUCAGCUUUCAGCGCACUGCGAUGUUUGCAAGCUCCUCCUCUCUAUGAAUGUAUUAUUGUAUUUAUUAGAAGCUGCUGUCUGAGUUUUCUAAAAGAGGAAAUAAAAUGAGCUGA